AGGGGAUUGGUAUCGCAUCUCAUACACUGCAUUACAUUCAGUUUUCUUUCUUUUGUGCAAGCUAGCUAGCUGUAAGUUCAACAAUGGCGGUAACUAAGAUCAUGGUGACUUUAACGGCAGUAGGGGUGGUGAUGAUGUCAAUUAUGUUGCCUUCAAAAGCUAUAGAUACCGAUAAAGUCAGGCAAUUGGCAGCUAAAUACAACGUGACAUGCGUCUUGGUUUUUGGAGACUCUAGUGUCGAUUCUGGCAAUAACAACCGUCUGGACACCACUUUCAAGAGUAAUUUCCUUCCUUACGGAAGGGACUUCUUCGGACGCCGCCCUACUGGAAGGUUCAGUGAUGGAAGACUUGCCACAGACUUCAUAGCUGAGGCAAUUGGAUACAUAAAGGCAAUUCCAGCCUUUCUCGAUCCAGAACUGAGGCAGCAAGACUUGGUACAUGGGGUCAGUUUUGCAUCUGCUGCUUCAGGCUAUGAUGAUCUUACGGCCAAUUUAACCAAUGUGUUGGCUCUUUCCAAGCAAGUUGAGUAUUUCAGACAAUACAAGAUCAAGCUUAGCCAAUUGGUCGGAGAGAGGAAAGCAGAGGAAAUCAUAAAAAAUGCCCUAACUGUGUUAAGCAUGGGAACCAAUGACUUUCUCCAGAACUACUACAUGGAACCAAUUCGCCCCAAGCAAUACACACCGGAAGAGUACCAAAAUUAUUUAAUCUCUUGCAUGUUUGAAAACAUUAAGAAGAUGCGUGGUUUAGGAAUCAGCAGAUUGGUGGUUGUGGGAGUCCCCCCCAUAGGGUGCAUGCCCCUGGUAAAGACACUAAUGAACCAGGAGACGUGUGUGGAGGAAUAUAACAAUUUUUCCUCUGCAUUCAAUGCAAAGAUAAAGGCCAAAUUGAGCACUCUUAGGACCACAUUAGGGAUUCGAGGUGUCUAUGCCGAUGCUUAUGGAGCCGUACAGAAUGCUAUGAACAACCCCAAGUUAUAUGGUUUGAAUGAAACUUCGAAAGGAUGUUGUGGCACGGGAACAAUAGAAUAUGGUGAUUCUUGUCGAGGAUCGACUACUUGUUCUAAUGCAUCACAAUAUGUGUUCUGGGAUGCUGUCCAUCCAACAGAAAAGAUGUAUAAAAUCAUAGCGGAUGGUGCCGUAGAAUCUUUUGAUGAAAGUCUGUUGGGGUAAACGUGAUGAUUAAUUAAUUUGUACCGUGAUAUUAAUUUGGUAAGCAAGCAGCAUGUCGGUUGACGAUGGGAUUAAUAAGAGGGGUCCAUCGUAAGGAAGGCAUUAUUAUCACAAAGUUGAUAACUUUGUUUUUAUACUUUAAUUUCGAGUUUCAAUCUUAUCUUAUAUAAAUUGUUAUUUAAUUUUAUAUUUUUUGAUAAAAUUAAUUAAAUUUG